ACCUGGGGGGGAGGGGAAGGGGGCGGCAGAGGGGGAGGUGCCGGUGCCGGUGGUGGGAGCCAUCCAUGCCUUGGCCCAGGAGCGACGAUCAAGAUGGCUGAAAAAGAUUAUGAUGGUGAACAAAAGAAGGGCAACAUUGAUGAAAACAGGCCACAAACCAGUGGUUACAGGAAGACUCUAUGCACAGAGGUCAAUUUAAGAGAGGAAUCUAGCAGCUUAAUGGAUGAAGCCAUGACAACCUCUGAUAUUGAAGAUUCCACACUUGACUUCAAUGGCAAGCCCUCAAACUGUUUUGUGGGACCUGAUUCUAGUGUAGACGGGAUAUGUGAAAGAACAAAACAGCUUGUGAUCGAAAUAAAUAAAAGUAGAAUAAAAGAUCAUAAGUUGAUGAGCAACUUUAAGGACACUCUCGUUAUGAAGGUUUCAGAAUUCUCCACGAAGAUAGAAGAAGGCUUGUUUGAAAUCUACAGCAGUGAGAAUAAGUUGAUUGAGGACACACUGCAGGAGCUGUUGACUAUCCUGGAAAGAAUCAGAUGUUUAGAGUCUGAACUUAAACAGACGUGCAAUGCCAUGGCUACAGUCUACAAGGACGUGUGUUCACAGCCAGAAGUCUAAGUCAUAUCUUACAGCAGAAGUUGCUGUGCAGUCAGUAUUCAUCUUGUAUUUUCUCCGUUUUUUGAAGAGCUUGGUGUAGUAAGUAAAUUCCUUUGUGGCCACUUGGUUUGUGCUGUGACUUUAUAGUUUUUUUGCAAACCAGUAGUUAGGCUUUGGACCAUAAAAUGGAAGAACAUGCACUCUUCUGAGAUCUAGUUUCUCAAUCUUACAGCUAUAUUUAAUUAAUACUCAACAUGAAUUUUUAUGAAGGACAUUGUUUGGCAGGUUUGCCUCUUCUAACAUUUGUAAAAUAAGUUGUAGCUUUGGAAAUUACUUCAGAUUAGAGUUUGCAAUAUUAAAAAAGAGAAAACAAA